AGACAGUCGCUGACUUGGUCAGUAAACGUUUGGCUCGUGCUCUCGGAAAAAGUGUUCGGCCAAUUGAAGUGAGCAUCCUUGCCAAUGGUACAGCUGCCGUGGAUUUGGAUGUAAGAUUAUCAAACCCUGUCAUAAAAUCGACAAUAAUGAACAGCAAUUCAGUUGAUCGGUGCGAAAGGCUAAAACAUGGGAUUGCAUCUUCCAAUACUACGACAAAUCGAUUGUACCAUAGUGCUACGAAACCAAUUAACAGAUGACGUGGAUGUUUCAACACUAUUUUUAUUAUAUUUGCGUGCAAACCGGAGAGUACGCGACGUCGAAGAUAUUUGCUGUGAUAGAAAGUGUUUAGUUUCGGUACAAUGGCCCUCAUGACGAUGAUAGCUAGGUUUGUGGAUGGGCUUCCUCUGGUGGGAACUAUGCAAGAAGAUGAGCAGUCCGGUCGAAGCAUACUAGAAUACCAGAAUCAAGCUAAAUUGCUCUUUCGGAAACUAGGGCCCAACUCGCCAACACGAUGCAGCAUAGAAACCGGUCCUUACCUAUUUCAUUAUUUAAUUGAGCACGAUGUUUGUUAUUUGGUGAUGUGUGACAAGAUGUUCUCGAAGAGGAUUGCCUUCAACUAUCUGGAGGAUAUUGCACAGGAAUUCCACAACAAUUAUGGUCGGCGGGUGAACACCGUAACUCGGCCGUACGCUUUUAUUGAGUUUGAUAUCUACAUUCAAAAGGCUCGAAAGACUUUGACCGAUCGCCGAAGAAACAUCAAUACAAUCAAUAAUCAGCUGCAGGAUGUGCAAAGGAUUAUGGUUCAAAAUAUUGAUGAUGUUUUGCAACGCGGCACGGUACUAUCGGAACUGGAUACCAAAACACAGAACCUAUCGAUGCUUUCCCAAAAGUAUAAGAAGGAUGCGUCGUAUUUAAAUCGUAAAUCGCUUUACGUUAAAGGAGCAGUUGCAGGCAUAGUUUUAAUUGUGUUUGUGUUAUACUUUUGGGUUAUUUAAUAGCAAAUUUGUAACAAAACAAAUCAUACAUUUUUCAUAAUGGGUAAUACAGUGAUAUAUAAAGGAUGCUAAAACGUA